AUGGCUGCCAUUUCACUUAGGCAUAACCCACAAGUAAACACUACUAAUCAGCAAAGGGACUUCAUCACUGAAGAAGUUGAAGGACUCAUAAGAGUUCACAGAGAUGGACGUGUUGAAAGGCCAAAAAUUGUGCCUAAUGUCUCAUGCACAGUGGCAUCAGAACGUGGUGUCACUGCCAGAGAUGUUAUAAUCAAUAAAGAGACCAAUUCAUGGGCACGUAUUUAUGUUCCCUCAAGCUGUCACGGUAAGCUUCCUUUGCUUAUUUACUUCCACGGUGGUGGAUUCUGUGUUGGCUCUUCUGCUUGGAGCUGUUACCAUGAUUUCUUGACCAAUCUUGCUUCCAAAGCAAAUUGUGUCCUUGUCUCUGUAGACUACCAGUUAGCCCCAGAGAAACGUCUUCCUGCUGCAUAUGAUGAUGGUUUCAACGCUCUCAUGUGGGUGAAACGAGAAGCUCUAAAUGGUUCCAGUGUUCAAAAAUGGUGGCUGAGUCAUUGCAACUUAUCUUGCAUGUUUCUAGCUGGUGACAGUGCAGGGGCCAACGUAGCUUACAAUGUGGCCACACGCCUAGGAUCAACCAUUCUAAAUCCAUUAUCUCUCAAGGGUGUAAUCUUGAUCCAACCUUUCUUUGGAGGAGAGGAAAGAACUAGCUCUGAGAAGCAUUCCCAUCAGCCACCAAAUUCAGCACUCACUUUAUCAGUUUCUGACACUUAUUGGCGCUUAGCACUUCCUCUUGGGGCUACCCGUGAUCAUCCAUAUUGCAACCCUCUUGCACAUGGCACGGCCAAGUUGAGAGAUUUGUGGCUUCCUUCUCUUAUGGUAUGCGUUUCUGAAAUGGAUAUACUCAGAGACAGAAACUUGGAGUUGUCAAACACUUUGGCAAAAGCAGGGAAAAGGGUCCAAACAGUUAUCUACAAAGGCGUAGGUCAUGCAUUCCAAGUGCUUCAUAAUUAUCAACUUUCCCAUUCUCGGACCCAAGAAAUGAUUUCUAAUAUCAGGAACUUCCUGAACCAGUAAC